AUGGCGUCCAUCAACAGCUACUACUCCUUGGUGUUGGUGGUGAUUGCACUGGCCUCGGCGCCGUUGACCGCCGUGGCUGGCGACCCUGACAUCCUCAGCGACUUCAUCGUGCCGACUUCCAUGAUCGGCAUGCCACCGAUGAACAUCACCGGCGAUUUCUUCACCUACACCGGCUUCAGCAACAUUACCAUGCCGAUGCGGAUGCCAGGGGCGCAGAACUUCACGGUGACCAAGGCCACCAUGAUGGAAUUCCCUGCGCUCAACGGGCAAAGUGUGGCCUACGCCAUGCUCAAGUUCCCCUCCGAAUCUGUGAACCCGCCGCACACCCACCCUCGCGCGGCCGAGCUGCUGCUCGUUCUUGACGGCACGCUCUCCGUCGGUUUCGUCGACACGGCCGGCAAGCUCUACACGCAGGACCUGGCCGCCGGCGACAUGUUCGUGUUCCCCAAGGGCCUGGUGCACUACCAGUCCAACCCGGGGCAAAGCCCCGCCGUGGCGCUCUCCGCGUUCGGCAGCUCCGCGCCCGCCACCGUGUCCGUGCCCGUCAGCAUGUUCGGCACCGGCGUCGAUGACGCCGUGCUCGCCAAGUCAUUCAAGACCGACCUUCCUACCGUGCAGAAGCUCAAGGCGGCGCUCACUCCACCUCCCAAGAAGUGA